CCCGGAAGUUGGACGACCAACAUUCAUAUGAGCGAUCCUUCUUCUUAAAACAGCUAGCUGGUGCGUAGCUACAUCCUGCAUGUAUAGCAAAAAACAUUUGACCCACAAAUACAACAGAAUUGCGGGUGGAUCUGCAUCCGUCGAGCAGAUCUUCUUGCCAGAGGGAAAAUGUCGUCUGGCAGGGGAGGAUCAUGGACCUUUGCUGGAGCUGUAGUUGUGGCCUUGUUGCUGCUGGAUUUUGUUGAUUUUGCCCAGACGAAGAACUUUGAAGAUGUUCGCUGCAAGUGCAUCUGCCCGCCAUACAGAAACAUCUCUGGCCACAUAUAUAACAGAAAUGUCUCGCAGAAGGAUUGUAACUGCCUCCAUGUAGUGGAGCCCAUGCCGGUGCCCGGCCAUGACGUGGAAGCCUACUGCCUGUUGUGUGAAUGCAAGUAUGAGGAACGAAGUAGCAACACCAUCAAGGUAACCAUUAUCAUUUACCUGUCUGUUGUUGGCGCACUGCUUCUCUACAUGCUGUUCCUGCUCCUGGUAGAUCCUCUAAUCCGCAAACAUGACCCGUACACACAGCCACUACACAAUGAAGAGGACUCUGAGGAGAUGCGUCCACCAGUGGACCCCCAGGCCAGAGGAAACACAGUGUUGGAGCGUGUUGAGGGAGCACAGCAGCGCUGGAAAAAGCAGGUCCAGGAACAGCGCAAGACUGUCUUUGACCGCCACAAGAUGCUUAGUUAAACCCUACAGUUGACCUCAGGCCAGGGUUAGAGUAGGUCCCUUCUCUGGGCUCAGUUACACUGUCACCAGCUGCACUAUCACUAACCUCUUCAUCACUGCUGUGCACUGCACCCUCUGAAUAAAUAUUUCCUCACUAAGAAACAUGUCAACAUUUUGAUCUAACAAGCAGAUAUUUUUAAUUUAUCAAAUGUAAGACUUGAGGCUUAUUUGCAGUUGUGAAAGAAACUGCAUGUUUUCACACUAUUAACCGCUCGGAAUCAUCUCAAUCAUUUCAGCAAUUUUCAAUGCAACAGAUUUUGAAUGUCUUGAUAAAGUUAGAACCCUUUUCAUCAAUUUAGAAAGACUGUGAAUAGCUUUAUGCCUCCGUGUGACAGUUUUUCCUGUUUGCUUUUGCAAAAUUGGUACAAUAUUAAGUUCUCUUGUAAUAUAAUUUAUAAACUUACCUCAGUACAGGUAAACUUUAUGUAUGUGAAAUGUCAGUUUAGUUUAGAAAUGGUACCUUACCUGUGCUAUUGCCAAGCAUUGCACAUCUUUACAAGUUUAGCUCUGAUAAUAAUUUAUUUCUUCUAAUUAUUGUUAUUAACAUGUAUUUUGUCCCCUUAUGCUGUGAAUAGUAACCUGGGCAUAAUUAGUAUCAUUUGCACCCAUAGAGUUUUUAAAGGAUUGUUAUUUAAUUUUUUUUUUCUUUUGGCAUUUUAAAGCUUUUACAUUGCUUCCUUUAAGAUAGCCCAAACAUGUGCCUUCUACUGUUUCUCUCCUCCUGUGGCUAAGUGUGUUACAACAAACAUCAGUGCGAAACAUGCCUCUCAAGUGUUAAAGAUGCAGCGCUUGUAAAACAAUACCAAUAGUUACAGAAAGGUCUUCAUAUGUUUUGGCGAGAAUAGUGUCUCUCAAGUAGUAGCUGUAAAUUAAUUGAAAUCUUUAUAUAUUGAAUCGAUCAGUGGAUUGGAAGCUGACUGGCAAACAGUUUGUUCAGUGAGGUAGGCACACGGCCACAUUUGUGUCCUGCAUUUUGCAUUUUGAUGGAAUGUACUUUCCCAUGCUGUGAGAGAAAUGGAGAACAGGGCAUUAACAGAGCUUUAAAGCUGUCCUCAGUUGAGUCCAAUCUCUGCCACUGGAGAAUGUCCUAAAUCAGUAAAGCUGCUGAUAAUGCGGUUAAGUGUGGCAGACUCGGGAUGCCUCGUGGCUUUGAAGUGCAGUGUGCGUCGUUAUGUGUCAGUGAAUUCCCCCUCACAUCCGACUGCUGAAGCUCCACUUGGGGAAUUUAUUAAUACGAUGAAGAGAGGAUCACUGAUUCACAUUACCUCAUGCACAACAUGAAGUACUGAAUUUUAUUCGUCUGUAAUGGAUCGUUUUUAUCACUGAAGUGUUUUUGAAUGAUUUAUAAAUAUAAUUUGAUAUCACUGGUAUCAAUGUUUUGUAAAUGUAUUUAACUCCAGGCUAACUGGAGUUUUGCGUUGCACGUGUCUAUACAUUCAGCUUGAUGUGAAAUAAAAAGACCAAAAUGUUC